ACGGCACGGCGAAGGAGUGGAUGAUUGAGGACGCGGACGCGCUCUGCGGCGUGUGCGGCGCGAGUGCGCAGGCGCUUCCCAUCACGGUACAGCUCGACGUGCUGCUGGCCGCGCUCGCGACGCUCCCGGACAAGAACCCCGCGAGCGCUCCCGCGGGCGGGUCCGCGGCGGCCUCGCAGGUCGCCGACGACUAAACUUCAUCGACAUGAAUUCCUUGCAGCCGGCUCUCGCGGGCACACACAGGCAGGACACGGGCACGGACGGGGCAUCAGGUACAAACGCGUUCAUGCCGCCGCGCGAACGGCGGUCCGGUGGCGGCGGCGGCGGUCUCUGUUGUUCCCGGGCAUGUUCUCAUUCUCUCAGCGCCCAUUUGAGCAAUCCGUGUCCCCUGGUGUGCCUGGACACGCCACACGGACACGCGUCCCGCGAUGCCCGAUGCAUGUGUGAUUCAUUAUGUGUGUGAGUGUGCAGUGUGUGUGUCGAUACGCGGUGUAAAUAUGAAUGUCCAAUGUGUACUCUGUACAGUAUGUGUUGUACGUAGAUCGUAGACGUUGUGUACGUUGCAUAAUUUGGCGGC